AUGAAUGUGGAGCUGGUGAAAGGGCUGUUGGAAACCAUCCAAAAUGUAAUGGUUUCAAAUAUGCGGCACGACGACUCAGCGGUGUCAAUUUUUGACCUGGACAAAAACAACGACGGAGCAGCUGCCUGGUGCGAAAGCUUCGAUAAGUUGGGAGACGAGUUAAAAUGGAGCAGCUUUGAGAAGGUUGCAAAAGCCGGUAAGGCCCUUCGGGGCUCUGCAUUAUCUUGGUUUGACACGUGGGAGCCUGAGACAGAUAUAUUAUCCGUGACUAAUAAUACUUUGUCACGUGGAAUUAAUGUGAACAUGAAAUUUUAUAAAUUCCCCGAGAACAGGUUUGGAGUUGCAUGGAAAAUAGCAAAACAGAAAAUCCAAAACACUGGGCACCAAAUAAAAUACAAGAAUUUAUAA